AUGAGCGAGUCAUUGAAUUUAGCAAAGGAAACUACCAUUUCCAAAUUGCUAGAGAUGGACUCGGCCUUAGACGCCAGUUUGAACGACUGGGACGAAGAGUUUUCCGCAGGAUCAAGCAAAACACGUGCGGAGAAGCACAAAGGCUCGCUGUCAAAAGACGCAGAGCCCACUUCUGGGACUAAAGAUCCCACAAAAUCACUUAAAUGUGAUGACAAUUUGCAAAAGAAGAGCGAGAAAGCACCUUCUACUGGCUCUGGUGCCUCUAAGACGGCAGUGGUCACAAAAAAUGUGACAAAACCUAGCCGUUCCUCGAGGGAAAAAAGCGCGCCAAAAGAGCGUCGUAGCGGCUCAAAACAAUCUGCUACCCCGGGUCAAAGUUUAACCACUGACGUGGCUGCCCUUCUCAAAGAGGCUUUUUCUGGUCUUGCGGUGGAGAUGAACAAGGGUUUUAGCAAUUUGGGCGAUUUGCUCAAGGCAAAAAACGACGCCGCAUGCGAGAAUAACGCUUCUGUAGCUUCCGACUCCGAGUCGGAUGACCGUGGCGGCGGCUCAGACAUAGACCCUGAGGAACCUGCUCGUAAAAAACAAAAAACCGAUGAUGGCAUUGCUCUGCCUAAGGACAAUAGUGACAUACUUAAUAAACUCGAAAAGGAGUUUAAUGUCUCUGAACAAGAUGGCGCUGAAAUUCAUGGAAACUUAGCUGCUAUUGUCCAAAAGUUAUUGAAAGACAAAUCUGAGGAAGAUAAGCUGAAUGAAAUCAAAAAACGGUAUCUCAGGCCAAAAAACUGUGAUAUGCUGGCCGGAACUAGGGUCAACCUACCAAUCUGGAAUAAUCUUUCAGAGAGAGCACGUACCUCAGAUCUUAAAUUCCAGAAGGUGCAAAAAUCCCUUAUUAAGGGUACAACUGCAGUGGUCCAGGUUGUAAAUGACCUGAUCAGCAAGCCAGAUAUGCCAUCAAAGGGUCAACUAGUUAACCAACUCAUGGAUGGUGUUCUGUUGAUGGCUAAUUCUAACACAGAGUUAAAUCUGAGGCGUAGGGAGGCUCUUAAACCGGAACUUCACACAAGCUACCGCUAUCUUUGUGCUCCCUCAAACCCAAUAACAACUGAGCUUUUUGGAGAUGAUCUACCCAAGGCGGUAAAAGACAUUACUGAUACCAACCGAAUCACUUCCAAGCUUAGUAGAGAAACUAAGCAGAGCUUCAAAAGAUCACGAAGUGAUGGUCACUCAGACAGAUGCCAAGGCAAAUACAGGGAUAAUAAUUAUUAUUCUGGGCUGUCAAAAAACUACCGCCGCCCCCUCUUCAGCAAGAAGGAGGGGGGGAGGAAGGCUGCUCAGAAGAAUCACAACUAA